UAUAUGGAACAUAUCGAGAGGAAUAGAGGAUUUUUCUAGUUCUCAAACGCUUCCGAUCACGUCCACGAGAAUGGAGACAAAUUCUCGUCGUAAAGCCUGUGAUACUUGCUUCAAGAAGAAAAUCAAGUGCGACAUGUUGAAACCAACAUGCUCAAACUGUUUACUGUAUAAAGUACCUUGUAGCACAACUAUACUUCGAAGGAGACCAAACCCGGUUCCUCCGAAAGGGAUACAGACAGUAAUCCCUGCUGUGAGUGGUGAUAGCCUCGAGGCUCGUCUUGCGCGAAUCGAGGCGAAGCUGGAUAGACUUGGUGGCCCUGGCCCUUCUACAACGGCAGAUCAACUACUCGAUAGUGAAUCGUGUCGAGUUGAGGAGUCUACCGCAUCACCAACAGCAGGUCCAUCGAGUUCAUGUGCUCCAGUCCAUCGCGGAGAUUAUCAUAUACCACCACUUACGGAGAUAUUGCCCAUCAUCGAAGACUAUUUUAAUAACUUUAAUCCCGCCCUUCCACUUUUUCAUCAAAGCCAUUUCAUGCAUAUGUUAUACGAUUUUUAUUCCAGGCAGGAAGAGACUAAGGAUUCAAGAGCCGCCUGGGCCGCUGUGAAUGUAGUUCUCGCUAUUGGAUAUCGCAUUCGUUCAAUUGAGACUGAAAACAUAAUGGUCGGGUUUGACGAUGGAAAGGCUAAGAAGUGUAUCGAUAAUGCCCAGAAGGAACUGGACGAGCUUGUCACUCGUGAAGAAGACACACUCGGGGUUCAGGUCCUCUUAGGCUUAGUGAUACUCUUCCAAACAAACACCGAUCAAAAGCCAGCUUCGGUAUUAAUCGGCACAGCCGUUCGGUUAGCUCAUAGGUUGCAGCUUCAUAUAAAAUCUACUUUAUCCGAUUAUGCUCCAGAAGUGGCACGUCACAGAAGUAACUUAUUCUGGCUUUGUUACUGCUUAGAUAAGGAUGUUAGUCUUCGCUCGAAGAUUCCAUCCAUCCAGGACGACGGAGAUGUAGACCUGGACCUCCCAGGAACGGAGUCCGGCGAUGAUGGAAACUAUCUUUCGAGUAUUGAUGGGCAUACGCAGCUUAACUAUCUCCGGGUUAGGGUCCAACUCGCCUAUCUGGAAGGGAAGGUAUAUGAUGACCUGCUCAGUAACCGAUCUACGAAGGUGUCCUCGGAAACCCGGCAAGCAAGAGCUGCACACCUCUUUCGACUUCUUGAUCAGUGGUUGCGGAAGAUACCUGAAGAACUCCGACUCGAGAAUAUCACAAAAACGGUAGACAAGGCGCCACUGACACAUAUGAUCCUCCUCUAUCACACGUAUUUAAUGUGCUCCGCUACGUUGAAUGGUCUUUACUCUCUCGCGUCGCCGUGGAUUAAGUCAGUCAGUGGGUUUACCGUAGCAGCCCUUGAGCAUUUCGACUUCCAGGCUCAUGCUUGUAUGAGACAUCAACAACCGCUAUUGCCACAAUUUUGGGAUACCUGUGUAAGCACUAGUCGUGGAUGUUUGCAAAUAUUGAACAAUAAAACUUACAGUGGAUGCAACCUUUGGAUAAGUGGCUGUGCAUACUUCUCGGCAUUCAUCGUCUUACUGGCUAACAUAAUCUAUUUCCCUUUACACGGGCUAGUAGAUCAUGAUCGAGGACUUACCAUAACCAUUAUGGGACGUAUGGAGAAUCUACUUGCGUACGCGGGAUCAGAAUCAUUUCAGAAGCUGCAUAUGGUUCUCGUUGGCUUGGGACAGGCAGCGGACCGGGCAGCCGAGCAGGCCAAGAUGCAAACCGAGACCCAUGAAUCCGUGCCAUCUGUCAAUACACAACCACAUUGCUCUUGGUACCCUUCGUCAUCAUCCGAGGGGCUUCCUGAUGAUCCAGGCCACAACUUAGUUCCGGAGUGGACGUGGCCGCAAGUAUCGACACUUGAUGACUUCGGUAUGGGGUUCGAAUUUGAUGAUGGGACUUCAUUGCCCGAAUUCAUGCGAUCCUCUUAAAUAAUGAUAUCAAGAAGUAGUAUCUAUUAAUACGUUCGACUUCGUUCAUACAAAGAUCUAUAGAGGUUCAUGUAGGUGAAAGAUCUAGAAUGAUAAUGAUAUCUUUUAACAUGCAUUAGGUAUAUAACUAGUGUACAUUAUGCAUAUGGAUACAUCCGUGAUGUAUGUAGCCAAUUAGAAUGCUG